UACUCAAUAUGCUCAAUCUACUUAUACACAAUCUACUCUAUAUGCUCAGUGGAAAGCUAGAAUACCAAGAGUGCUGUCUUAGCUUCCGAUGCUAUGAAAGUAGUAUUCAAAGUAGUAUUCAAAGUAGUAUUCAAAGUAGUAUUCAAAGUAGCAUUCAAAGUAGUAUUCAAAGUAGCAUUCAAAGUAGUAUUCAAAGUAGCAUUCAAAGUAGUAUUGAAAGUAGCAUUCAAAGUAGCAUUCAAAGUAGCAUACGACUGUAAUAGUCAAAAACGACCACGUCCGUCUGAGAUGAGCUUAAACUUGUAUCUGAGUAGUACAAGUACAUCAGUUGCUAAAAGUUGCAACUUAGCAAAUCAUAAUCCAGUGGUCAGGUGAUUGUCAUUGCUCAUACCGUAAGAAAAAGCACAAUCCAGUACUUUGCUUGCUUUGCAAUCUGCCAUUGCCAUUACUGGUAAAUGACAGUAAUACAGUAAUGGCAACUACAGUGAGAAGUAUGACGGUUCGCAAUAGCA